GAUUGCAAGUGCGCUUGCGCGCGCGGGACCUGGCGGGUAGUUUGAAUUUCUCUCCCGAGCUGCGGCCAGCCAUCCCUGGGUUCUGACAGUGUCAUCUAGGAUCAUUCCCUAUACCCUGGUUUGGUGUCCAUUUACUGCAGAAGACUCUAAGACACACCAUUAUUGCACUUUGGUUAGAAAAUGAAUUUUGUAGAUUGAAAUAAAUUGCCCUUUUGUACUUUCAAGGAAAUGUGAUUUGGAUUAAAAGAUGACCUCAGAGCUGGAACAGUUAUGCUCUCAUGUUAACGAAAAGAUUGGCAAUAUUAAAAAAACUCUGUCGUUAAGAAAUCUUGGCCAGGAACCUACCUUGAAGACUAUAUUAAAUAAAAUAGGAGAUGAGAUCAUUAUAGUGAAUGAACUUCUAAAUAAAUUUGAAUUGGAAAUUCAAUAUCAAGAACAAGCCAACAGUUCACUCAAGGAACUUUAUGAAUCUCUUGAAGAAGAUUAUAAAGAUGUGGAACAUCUGAAGGAAAAUAUUCCUCCCCAUUUGCCUCAAGUAAUAGUAACACAGAACUUGGUUAAUGGGUCGGAUCUUGACUCUGAAGAACCAGUCAAAGUUGAGGAACCUGAACCCACAAAGAAACCUGCAAAAGAACAAAAAAUUAUUAAAGAAAUGCUAUUUAUAUCUACUGAUGAAUUCAAUGCAAUUCCUUCGUACAUGAAAUCCCGCUUAACCUAUUGUCAAAUUAAUGAUGUUAUUAAAGAAAUCAACAAAGCAGUAGUUAGCAAAUACAAGAUUGUUCAUCAAUCAAAGAAAUCUAUGAAUUCUGUAACCAGAAAUCUCUAUCAAAGAUUUAUUAAUGAAGAAACAAAGGAUACUAAAGGUCAUUAUUUUAUAGUGGAAGCUGACAUAAAGGAGUUCACAACUCUGAAGGCUGACAAGAAGCUUUAUGUGAUCCUGAAUAUUUUGCGAGUUUGCCGGAGACUGUCAGAAAUCCGAGGGGGAGGACUUACCCGUUAUGUCAUUACCUGAGGCCUUAGCUUAGAAUUGACAGAUUGAUAGGCAUAGAUGCUAGUCUUGUAAUUAUCUUACAUAUAAUCUCUGGCUUUUAAAUUUUUUAUUCCUGUUUUUCACAAAAAUAAAACCUUUUUGAACAAUAUAUAUUUUAAAAAUUUACUUCCUUUUGGCAAACGUUUAUCCACCUGCCACAUAAGGCUCUGUAGUUGGCAUGCAAUGGAAUUAAAAAAUGCUCAAUUGUGUUUAGUGGACAGUGCUGCUGACCCCAAGAAGAUGGAUACCGAUAUGAUAUUGGAAGUAAAAGGCCAGGAAGAUAAGGUCAAGGAUACCUAGGCCCUUUGGAAUUAAAGGUCAUUAAUGUCUAAAUUCCAUAAGGCAUUUCAGUUCACAGAUGGUCUUCCUUGAAGUGGCUCUGGAAGUGGUUUAUCCAUCUGAUUAUUAUACUUUCCCAUAUGCCCUGAGGGAGUAGCUUGCUACACAUCAGUUAAGCCAGUCUGUAGACUUUAACCUGUAGUGAAAGUAUAUUGAGAUGCUGUGAUAUUGUGAUUUAAUAUGAAAUAUGUAUUAGAUCUUUGUCCCCAGUUCCUUGUUCACGGCUCCUCAAAGCCUUGUAAUAUCCUGCUUCAUAGGGGUACUUCUUUUGUUCUGCUGGUCUUUGACCCCAUUUCCUGAUGUGACACAGAGCUCUUAAAUCUCUUCAAAUUACCUCUUGAUAGCAAUGUUUUUUGUUUGAAUGAGGUGAUUUUUGGUGGGCAACUGUAUAGUUUCAGGAUAGGGUCUUGUCACAAAAACCAAACCAUGUCUAGAAACUUGUAAUUGUCACUACCCCCCCCACACACACACAAACCCUAGGGACAGGGGCUGAGAUUGAGUUAAUAAUCAAUCACCUGAUGCAAUGAAGCCUUAAAAAUCCCUAAACUGUGGAGUUCAGAGAGCUUCGAGACUGUGGACACAUGGAUGUACCAGGAGGAUGGUGUACCCUACCUUUAUGAGGACAGAAGCCCCUGUGCUCAGGAUCCUGCUGGGCCUUCACCCUAUUGUACAUCUUUACUGGUUGCUCAUCUGUGCCCUUUAUACUACCCUUUAUAAUAAACUGGUAAUCAUAA